AUGUCUGAACUUCAAAUUUACUUAAAUGCUUAAGAUAUGAUUAUCGAUUUUUUGAUUAUUUAACCUAAAAUUAGAGUCUUAAAAUCUCAAUAUUAAAAAUAAUAAAAGAAAAUGAAGAGCUCUUAAUAAUAGAAGGGCGCUCUAACUGACAUCUUUGAUCAAGUAAAAGAUGUAGAUAUACAAAUUUUUAGUGUCAUACUAGAAAUAUUAAGAAAGCAGAAGGGGAAAGAUUGCAUUGGAUUUUUAUCAGAUAUUGGGAAUUAUAAAGAAUUAAAAUUAUAAAUUUUAUAAUAAGUUGGGAAUAUCAUUCAACCUCAUGCUGAAUACAAAUUGUGUCUUGUAAGAAAUGACAUGAAAAAACUAACAGAUGUCUUAAUAAAAAUUAAAGAUCAUGACUUCAACAACUAAGACUUUUCCUCUGAAGAAAAUGAUGAAUCUACAAUAUUUCUAAUUAAUAGCAUCAAAGAUAAUAGAAGGAUCAUUAAAUUUUUGUAAUUUUUAGUUCACCUUACAUCUAUAGAUAACACUUUAAUAUAAUGUGGAUCUAAUUCAUUACAUAUAUUAGUUUAGAUGAAGAUAGAUAUCAGAAACCAAUCAUUUUAGAAUAUCAGAAUAAAGAAUACUUCUUUGAUUGGUGGUAACUUUGUUAGAUGCAACUUGAGUGGAUCUGAGUUUGAUAAUGUAGAUAUAAGCGGAUUGAAUUUGAAUGGUGCUUAACUAUUCAAUUGUAAAUGGAAAAACAUAAAGGUCCAUGAAUUGAAUAAACUGGAAGGCCAUAGUAGUUGUGUGUAAUCAGUCUGUAUUUCUCCUGAUGGAAAUACAUUAGCUUCUGGUAGUGAAGAUAAGUCUAUCCGUCUAUGGGAUGUCAAAACAGGAUAAUAAAAAGCAAAAUUAGAUGGUCAUAGUGAUGAAGUUAGUUCAGUCUGUUUCUCUCCUGAUGGAAAUACAUUAGCUUCUGGUAGUGAUGAUUAGUCUAUCCGUCUAUGGGAUGUAAAAUCAAGAAAAAUGAAAGCCAAAUUAGAUGGUCAUGAUGAUGCUGUAAUAUCAGUCUGUUUCUCUCCUGAUGGAAAUACAUUAGCUUCUGGUAGUUUGGAUUACUCUAUCCGUCUAUGGGAUGUCAAAACAGGAUAAUAAAAAGCCAAAUUAGAUGGUCAUCGUGAUUAUGUCUACUCAGUCUGUUUCUCUCCUGAUGGAAAUACAUUAGCUUCUGGUAGUUUGGAUUACUCUAUCCGUCUAUGGGAUGUCAAAACAGGAUAAUAAAAACUCAAAUUAGAUCGUCAUACUAGUUAUGUUUGGUCAGUCUGUUUCUCUCCUGAUGGAAAUACAUUAGCUUCUGGUAGUGAUGAUAAGUCUAUUCGUCUAUGGGAUGUCAAAACAGGAUAAUAAAAAGCCAAAUUAUAUGGUCAUAGUUAUUGUAUUAACUCAGUCUGUUUCUCUCCUGAUGGAAAUACAUUAGCUUCUGGUAGUAAUGAUAAGUCUAUCCGUCUAUGGGAUGUCAAAACAGGAUAAUAAAAAGCCAAAUUAGAUGGUCAUACUAAUUAUGUUAGAUCAGUCUGUUUUUCUCCUGAUGGAAAUACAUUAGCUUCUGGUAGUGAUGAUAAGUCUAUCCGUCUAUGGGAUGUCAAAACAGGAUAAUAAAAAGCCAAAUUAGAUGGUCAUACUAAUUGUAUUAACUCAGUCUGUUUCUCUCCUGAUGGAAAUACAUUAGCUUCUGGUAGUGAUGAUAAGUCUAUCCGUCUAUGGGAUGUCAAAACAGGAUAAUAAAAAGCCAAAUUAGAUGGUCAUACUAGUUGUAUUAACUCAGUCUGUUUCUCUCCUGAUGGAAAUACAUUAGCUUCUGGUAGUGAUGAUAAGUCUAUCCGUCUAUGGGAUGUCAAAACAGGAUAAUAAAAAGCCAAAUUAGAUGGUCAUACUAGUUGUAUUAACUCAGUUUGUUUCUCUCCUGAUGGAAAUACAUUAGCUUCUGGUAGUAAUGAUAAGUCUAUCCGUCUAUGGGAUGUCAAAACAGGAUAAUAAAAAGCCAAAUUAGAUGGUCAUACUAGUUGUAUUAACUCAGUCUGUUUCUCUCCUGAUGGAAAUACAUUAGCUUCUGGUAGUGAUGAUAAGUCUAUCCGUCUAUGGGAUGUCAAAACAGGAUAAUAAAAAGCCAAAUUAGAUGGUCAUACUAGUUGUAUUAACUCAGUCUGUUUCUCUCCUGAUGGAAAUACAUUAGCUUCUGGUAGUGAUGAUAAGUCUAUCCGUCUAUGGGAUGUCAAAACAGGAUAAUAAAAAGCCAAAUUAGAUGGUCAUACUAGUUGUAUUAACUCAGUCUGUUUCUCUCCUGAUGGAAAUACAUUAGCUUCUGGUAGUGAUGAUAAGUCUAUCCGUCUAUGGGAUGUCAAAACAGGAUAAUAAAAAGCCAAAUUAGAUGGUCAUACUAGUUGUAUUAACUCAGUCUGUUUCUCUCCUGAUGGAAAUACAUUAGCUUCUGGUAGUGAUGAUAAGUCUAUCCGUCUAUGGGAUGUCAAAACAGGAUAAUAAAAAGCCAAAUUAGAUGGUCAUACUAGUUGUAUUAACUCAGUCUGUUUCUCUCCUGAUGGAAAUACAUUAGCUUCUGGUAGUGAUGAUAAGUCUAUCCGUCUAUGGGAUGUCAAAACAGGAUAAUAAAAAGCCAAAUUAGAUGGUCAUACUAGUUGUAUUAACUCAGUCUGUUUCUCUCCUGAUGGAAAUACAUUAGCUUCUGGUAGUGAUGAUAAGUCUAUCCGUCUAUGGGAUGUCAAAACAGGAUAAUAAAAAGCCAAAUUAGAUGGUCAUACUAGUUGUAUUAACUCAGUCUGUUUCUCUCCUGAUGGAAAUACAUUAGCUUCUGGUAGUGAUGAUAAGUCUAUCCGUCUAUGGGAUGUCAAAACAGGAUAAUAAAAAGCCAAAUUAGAUGGUCAUACUAGUUGUAUUAACUCAGUCUGUUUCUCUCCUGAUGGAAAUACAUUAGCUUCUGGUAGUUAUGAUAACUCUAUCCGUCUAUGGGAUGUCAAAACAGGAUAAUAAAAAGCCAAAUUAGAUGGUCAUAGUAAUACUGUCUACUCAGUUUGUUUCUCUCCUGAUGGAAAUACAUUAGCUUCUGAUAGUUAUGAUAAGUCUAUCCGUCUAUGGGAUGUAUAGACAGGAUAAGAAAUUAAAUCCUCUGAUUAAAACUACAAAGAUAUUCUUGCAUAAUUUAAGAUUCCUCUCCAAUAACAUAGUCAAAUUACCGAAGGUACUAUUUAUUCCCUAUCAUAUUUUUAGCCUCCAAUUACAUCACUACACUACUUAUAUCCCAAAAAGCAAUAUUUCAAGCUAAAGGAGCUUUAAUUCUGAAAGGAGAGUUUAUAAAUCAAUCCGGUAUUGAUUUAAAGACAUUGUUUAAACAAAAAGGAAGUAUCAUUUUAGAAGACCUCAAGUAAAAGUGA